GAGGUCAGCCGCUAAGACGAUAACCUUGCUUCGGUUCUCCACACCAGCGGGACCGGUGCCUGGUACGAAUCCUGGGGUCGUCGUUGUACUCGUGCGAGUAAUCCACGAUCGCUGCAACGCGCUAAGCAAUGGAGAUGAUUCUUGAGGGAAGCAAUUCUGCAGAGACAUCUCCACCCUGGGGUGGCGUCGCCAGAACACACCGACCUGUUACAGGGAAAUUGGCUACUUGGCUGGACAACUACAUCUCUCUUCUUUUUGUUCUUUUUUCCCCCAUCACUCCUCCCUCCUGUUGUCUUCUUUUUAUCUUAGCAAUACAUCAAUAUCUUCUUUCCCUCAUGCCCACUUCUCCCAAGUCCUUUUAUUUCCUCACCACCUCUGCCUGUUUCUUACCUUCCGUGUUCUUCCCCUGUUGACUUGGGAUCCCCUCGGUGAUCCUAACAAUAAGAAUACCGUUUAUAUUGAACCUCAUAUCUUGAAAACAAUUCUUCUUUCUAUAGGCCUUAAUAAUUCUCACCCAUCGUAUCACCAUAAGCCACUUUAUUACCCUAGCUUCACACGUAGUUCGCUAAUAUGAACCCCCAUGACAUAAAAUAAAUAUUUCAACACAAGAGCAAGUGUUGCUCAGACGUGCUUUCCAUGGUUCAAUGUCUUCCUCGCCUCGCCUUUGCACUUUCCACCAGUGUACCUGCAAUUAUAGUGUCACUAUGGCAGCUGGCUUCCUGCCUUGACUCACCUUUAUUGAGAACUGGAUCUGCACUAUAGCCUUACGAGUAUCCCUCCCCCAACCACAGCUUUCCUAUCCACCACUAGAUGAGGUUGACCGGACAAGAGCCGUCAUCCACAUAUUA